GGCGCGGGGUGGGGGGGUUGGUUGUAAGAGAGUUCCCGAACAAGUGUGGAGCCCGGCGCUGCGCGGGACCUGGAGUGGGGCGAAGCAGUAGACUUGGCCCUGGAGUCUUAGUAAAGGACACGCGAGGCUCCGGGCCGAGACGUAGAGGUCACCCUUGGCAGGUUUCGGCGAAACUUGGGGGGCCAGAGCAAGCGCCGGGAGUCGCGCCUUAGGCGGCAGCGCAUUUCAGCCUGACUUUUGUUUCGGGGAAUUGAGACGGGCUGCACCGACGUAAUUGUAAUUACACUGCCCUUCCAGCGUUGACAACUCUCUGCGACUGCCCGGGAACCAGCCUGCUCUAAUGGACUCUAGAAGUGAUGAUGUUAAGUGGAAUCUGCAGCACGUGAAGAGUUGCCAGUUGUUAUGGGAUUAAGAAAACAAAUCUGUAAUGGCUAAAGGGUUAUCUUAUGAUGAGGCUUUUGCUAUGGCUAAUGACCCCUUGGAAGGCUUCCAUGAAGUAAACCUUGCUUCACCUACUUCUCCAGACCUUCUUGGUGUGUAUGAAUCAGGAAAUCAGGAGCAGACUACCUCACCAAGUGUCAUCUAUCGGCCACAUCCUUCAACUCUGUGCUCUGCCCCAAUUCAGGCUAAUGCCUUAGAUGUUUCCGACCUUCCCACGCAACCUGUGUAUUCAUCCCCCAGACGUUUAAACUGUGCAGAAAUAUCUAGUAUCAGCAUCCAUGUUACAGAUCCAGCGCCUUGUUCUACCUCUGGAGUCACAGCUGGGUUAACUAAAUUAACUACGAGAAAGGACAACUGUAAUGCAGAGAGGGAGUUUUUACAGGGUGCUACUAUAACAGAGGCUUGUGAUGGCAGCGAUGAUAUUUUUGGGUUGAGUACUGAUAGUCUGUCCCGUUUACGAAGCCCAUCUGUUUUGGAAGUCCGAGAAAAGGGCUAUGAAAGAUUAAAAGAAGAACUUGCAAAAGCUCAGAGGGAAGCUCAUAAGAUGGUGAGAGAAGCAAAUGUCAAGCAGGCAACAGCAGAAAAACAGCUAAAGGAAGCACAAGGAAAAAUCGAUGUCCUUCAAGCCGAAGUAGCCGCAUUGAAGACCCUUGUCUUGUCCAGUUCUCCAACAUCACCUACGCAAGAGCCUCUGCCAGGUGGAAAGACACCUUUUAAAAGGGGGCAUACAAGAAAUAAAAGUACAAGCAGUGCUAUGAGUGGCAGUCAUCAGGACCUCAGUGUGAUACAGCCAAUUGUAAAAGACUGCAAAGAGGCUGACUUAUCUCUGUAUAAUGAAUUCAGAUCUUGGAAGGAUGAUCCCACAAUGGAUAGAUCGUGUCCUUUCUUAGACAAAAUUUAUCAGGAAGAUAUCUUUCCAUGUUUAACGUUCUCAAAAAGUGAGUUGGCUUCAGCUGUUUUGGAGGCUGUGGAAAACAAUACUCUAAGCAUUGAACCGGUGGGAUUGCAACCUGUUCGAUUUGUGAAAGCUUCUGCAGUCGAAUGUGGAGGACCAAAAAAAUGUGCUCUAACUGGCCAGAGUAAGUCCUGUAAACACAGAAUUAAAUUAGGGGACUCAAGCAACUAUUACUAUAUUUCUCCUUUUUGCAGAUACAGGAUCACCUCUGUAUGUAACUUUUUUACAUACAUUCGAUAUAUUCAGCAGGGGCUUGUGAAACAGCAGGAUGUUGAUCAGAUGUUUUGGGAAGUUAUGCAGUUGAGAAAAGAGAUGUCAUUGGCAAAGCUGGGAUAUUUCAAAGAGGAACUCUGAUGCUCUGCCUGGGACCAUGCAUGAACCUCCCUGAACACCUGGAAAAUGGCUGCAUAUUUUUAUGGUUACUUGAUAUUUAUUUCCAAGGAGUGGGCCCAAGACUUUUUCCCUCUUUUGCAGAUUACACUAAGAAGUACUGUGAUUUCUUUUAAAUUGACCUAUGCUGUGUCUGCUUACUCUUUAGUUGAACAUACUAUAAAGAAUUACAGGUGUACUAGUGAUUGUAAUAUAUAGUUGCAAAAAAAGCUAAAUAAAUAAAGAAAUACAUCAACGUUA